CGCAGUCAGAACCAAAUCAACGUCAACGCUUAACCCGAACCUCCAACAAUGUCGUCUCAAGUUUCCUACCCAUCUCUACGUGGCAAGGUCGUUGCAGUUUCAGGCGCAGCAUCGGGCAUGGGCCUUGCAGCUGCUAAGCUACUUUACCCGAUGGGAGUCAAGCUCUCCUUAGCUGAUAUCAACAAAGCCGGCUUGGAUGAAGUAGCCAAAGCUCUGAGAGCUUCCAACCCAUCCGGUACCGACAACAUUAUCACAACCGUCGUCAACGUCAACUCUUCAUCUGAAGUUGAUAAUUGGAUCCAAGCCACAGUCGCCAAGUUCGGUGCUCUCAACGGUGCAGCUAACUUCGCCGCCGUCGGCAGCGAGCUAACAAAGGUUGUAGAUACGACUGAUGAAGAAUGGAGGAAGAUUCAAGGCGUUAACAGCGACGGCACGUUCUAUGCAGUGAGAGCGCAGCUACAAGCUAUGAUUAAGCAAAAUAGCGGAGGUAGCGUCGUGAAUUUAGCAAGCGUCGCAGGCGUGGUCGGUCGCUAUUCAUGUGCGUCUUACACAUCGAGUAAGCACGGCGUUGUUGGCUUGACAAAAGCUGCUGCUAGAGAAGUGGCGCCUUUAGGAAUUCGAGUUAAUGUUGUUGCACCAGGUGCAAUCGACACGCCGAUGUUUGAUAAAGCUGCAACCCCGGAGGCAAGAAAGUUCCUGAUAAACGAGACUCCUUUGGGAAGAAUGUCACAUGCCGAUGAGGUGGCUCGUUUAGUGAUUUUUUUGCUGAGCGAUGAGAGUAGUUUUGUGACGGGUGCGGUGUAUGUUGCUGAUGGAGGAAUGAUCAGCUGA